GCCAAAUGCUGAUUUAAUGACUGCUGGUAAAUAGGAGAAAGUCAGAUCUCAGCGCGAACCAAAAUAUAAAACACACGACACGUUUUUUUUAUUAGUACAUGUCAAUGUAUUACUUCACACAUAACGGUUAUGUCACAAAAUUCCCCCAGCAGAUCUCACAGGUGAACUAUAUAAUACAGUUGCACUAUUUGUCUUUAGAAAUUCCUGGGUUUACUUGAAUGCACCAUACUUCCGCCCCCUUUUGUGAACGCGAGCACAGGUAAAAGAUACAAAACAAAGCCGCAAGUCAUAAUGCUGCCAUGGAGGUAGUGUUUUGAAUAUGUCGUACUACAUAAUUUGCUCUUUUUAACCUUGUGGGUAGUCAGUCAGUUUGACGGAGGUCAAUGUUCUUGUUUGCUUCUUGGCACGACCGCGCUUACGUCGUGAACGCGCUCAUUCUGUGCAGGUGUGCGAUUUUAGCUAAGUUAGCCUACAACAACAAGGGUCGUCGUCCAGGUCUUCUACACGAAUUUUGGGUGUUUAUGUGACUAUCUGGUUUACAAGUAACUUCACAAAGAACAGAUUCAGUCAGCUGCUUUGAAAAUAACAGAAGCGGAGGAAUAUAGCAACAAGAUUGGGAUAAGCUGGCAUUUGGCUUCCCUGUUGUAUCGAACAGGUGGUGGCAUUUUAUGGCGGCUAAUUUGCUACUUUCAGCAACAAUGCAAUCGUGAUUUAAUGACAUGGCAGAUGCAACCAGAGGGACUUACAUCAUGGAGGAGUUUUUCAAAACGGUAGGAGAGUUGGGAAGCCUCUUACAAAAGAUGUCCUGUCAAGUGGCGGAAGUAGAGAAAAGACAAAGUGCCAUCCUUGCCUUAUCAAAACCUGACAAGAAACGCAAAGAGGAGCUGGAACUGCUGAACAACGAGAUCAAGACGGCUGCCAACUUAUUCCGAGCCAAGUUAAAGACAUCGCAGGGUGGUGUCCCGGUAGAUGGCAGUGGCGAUGGUGCCUCUGUGAUGCAGCGCAUUAAGAAGAAUCAGCACGAACACCUGACUCGCUGUUUUGCUGAUGUCAUGACAAGUCACCAUAAGACACAGGUGGCUUUCCGAGAGAAAUGCAAAGCCCAUAUUCAGAGGCAACUGCAGAUUGUGGACAAGGUGACCACAGAUGAAGAGAUGGAGGAAAUGCUCAACUGUGACAAUGUGACCGUUUUCAUAUCAGAUAUCAGCUUGCAAGCUCGUAUGUCGAGCGAGGCUCUGAGCGAGAUAGAGUCUCGUCAUGAGGACAUUGUGCGCCUGGAGGCAAGCAUCAGAGAGCUGCACGAGAUCUUGUCUGACACGGCCCUGCUGCUGGAGAUUCAGGGGGAGCUGGUGAACAGCAUAGAAAAGAACGUGGCUCGCGCUGCAGACUAUGUGGAGGUGUCCAAAGCACAGGCCCACAAAGCAGUGAUUUACAAGAAGAAUCCAACCAAGAUAGUGUCUCUGCCCAGCUUCUUGAAGUCCUUUAGGAGACAAACAUCUGCCAAAGCAACCACAGGUCCAUCAACAUCACACCUGGACAAUAAAGACCGAAACACUGAUGCUCUCUGAACUUUGACUGCACUAAGCAUAUGGCCAAGCUUGUGGUGUUUAAUUUACAUUUCAAAAAUGGAUUUGAUAAGGUUCCUUCCACCUCCAAAGACAUGCACCUGGGGAUAGGUUGAUUGGCAACACUAAAUUGGCCCUGGUGUGUGAAUGUUGUCUAUCUGUGUUGGCCCUGCGACGAGGUGGAAACUUGUUCAGGGUAUACACCGCCUUCUGCCCGAAUGCAGCUGGGAUAGGCUCCAGCCACCCCCGCACCCAAGAGAAGGACAAGAGGCUGAAAAUGAUGGAUGGAUGAAGGGAUUUCAUAAGGACUCAAGCAAGUGUGACCAGGAUCAAGUAUGGUGAAGGAACUUGAAAGCUCUGUUUAAAAAUAUGGCAGUCUAAAACAAAUAAUGAAACAAAUACAUAUAAAAACUUGAAGAGUGCAGAUUUAGAUAAAUGUGAGAAUCUAAACAAUUUCCUCCUAAAAACUUUUAUUUAUUUAUUUCGUUUUUGGUUCGAAGUAGUUUUUUUGUUUGUUUUUACAAUUACACACAAUGAAACACAUUACAUUCUUGGACGAAAUAAUGUCUUGUUUUACCACUUACUGACUGGUGGUGAUGCAAUGCAAAGCCACUACACACACUGGUGACUGGUGUGUUCACCACAUGGUUCCCUGCUGCCAUUUUAUUGCAAUAUGUAGUUCACUUCUUCCAAUAAACUAACACUGCCCAUCAAAUCCAACUUUCA